CGUCUUCGUGAGAGCGGCCCGCGUGGGUGACGGCCGCCCAGUGGGCGCGGCCGGGCCUGUAGUAGAGGCCGCCUCAGAAGCCGGGCCCACGAACGCGCAGAAAUGAACACAGAGGCGGAACAGCAGCUUCUCCACCAUGCCAGAAAUGGCAAUGCUGACGAGGUGCGCCGGCUGCUGGAUGCCAUGGCGCGGAAGGAAGUGGUCGCCGAUAUCGACUGUAAAGGAAGAAGUAAGUCUAACUUGGGCUGGACACCUCUUCACCUGGCAUGCUAUUUUGGACACAAACAAGUGGUCCAGGAUCUGUUGAAGGCUGGUGCGAAAGUGAACAUGUUAAAUGACAUGGGGGACACGCCGCUGCAUCGAGCUGCAUUCACAGGACGAAAGGAGCUGGUAAUGCUUCUUUUAGAAUACAAUGCUGAUACUACAAUUGUAAAUGGAAGUGGGCAGACAGCAAAAGAAGCCACCCAUGAUAGAGAAAUCAGGCACAUGCUUGAGGCUGUGGAAAGGACUCAACAAAGAAAGCUUGAAGAAUUGCUUUUAGGAGCAGCUAGAGAAGGAAGAACAGCUGAAGUGUCAGCUCUGCUCAGCAGGCCCAAUCCUCCUGAUGUGAACUGCUCAGAUCAGUUAGGAAAUACUCCCUUGCACUGUGCAGCUUACCGGGCCCACAAGCAGUGUGUCCUAAAGCUUCUGAGAAGCGGAGCUGACCCAAGCCUGAAGAACAAGAACGAUCAGAAACCUCUUGACCUUGCCCAUGGUGCUGAAAUGAAGCAUAUUCUUGUUGGUAAUAAGGUUGUCCACAAAGCACUGAAACGCUAUGAAGGCCCUCUCUGGAAGAGUUCAAGAUUUUUUGGCUGGAAGUUAUUCUGGGUAGUGUUAGAACACGGAGUUCUUUCCUGGUACAGGAAACAGCCUGAUGCAGUUCAUAAUUCUUACCGCCAAGGAUGCAAACACCUCACUCAAGCGGUGUGCACGGUGAAACCUACAGAUAGCUGCCUCUUCUCUAUUCGAUGCUUUGAUGACACUGUUCAUGGAUUCAGGGUUCCUAAGAAUAGCCUGCAGCAAUCAAGAGAGAAGUGGCUGGAAGCAAUUGAAGAACACUCUGCAUAUAGCACUCACUACUGUUCCCAGGAUCAGGUAACUGAUGAUGAAGAGGAAGAUGUCGUUUCGGCCGUGGUCCUGAAGGAGUCCUUAUCGAGAGCACAAACAUGUCAACAGAGACUAGAUAGGGAAAUUUACAACUUUCUCAAAAUGAUUAAGGAGUGUGAUGUGGCCAAAGAUAUGCUUCCAUCAUUUCUUCAGAAAGCUGACGUUGUCUCCGAAGCUUCUAGAGAGACUUGUGUGGCAUUGAGUGACUGUCUUAAUCUCUUCACUAAACAGGAAGGGGUGAGGAAUUUUAAAUUGGAACAGGAGCAAGAAAAAAACAAAAUUUUGUCAGAAGCACUGGAGACCUUAGCUACUGAGCAUCAUGAACUAGAGCGGUCCCUGGUUGAAGGAUCUCCGCCUGCCAGCAUCCUUAGUGAGGACGAGUUCUAUGAUGCACUGUCAGGUUCCGAGUCCGAGGGGUCGCUGACUUGCCUGGAAGCUGUGACAGCACACUCCUUUGAAGACAACGAAGUGCCUGUGAGCAGUGGAAAACACAGAAUGUCUGAAGGAAAAGACUGUGGUGGGGGAGAUGCGCUCUCCAAUGGCAUCAAAAAGCACAGAACAAGCCUGCCAUCACCUAUGUUCUCCAGAAACGACUUCAGCAUCUGGAGCAUCCUCAGAAAAUGCAUUGGGAUGGAACUGUCCAAGAUCACAAUGCCAGUCAUAUUUAAUGAGCCUCUGAGCUUCCUGCAGCGGCUAACUGAAUACAUGGAGCACACUUACCUCAUCCACAAAGCCAGUUCAUUUUCCGAUCCCGUGGAAAGAAUGCAGUGUGUGGCUGCAUUUGCUGUGUCUGCUGUCGCUUCUCAGUGGGAGCGCACUGGAAAGCCCUUCAAUCCUCUUCUGGGCGAGACUUACGAAUUAGUUCGAGAUGACCUUGGAUUUAGGCUCAUUUCAGAACAGGUCAGCCAUCAUCCCCCCAUCAGUGCAUUCCAUGCAGAAGGACUCAAUAAUGACUUCAUCUUCCAUGGCUCAAUUUACCCCAAACUGAAGUUCUGGGGCAAGAGUGUAGAAGCAGAACCUAAAGGAACCAUCACCUUGGAGCUUUUAGAACACAACGAAGCAUACACAUGGACAAACCCCACCUGUUGUGUGCAUAACAUCAUCGUGGGCAAACUCUGGAUUGAACAGUACGGCAAUGUGGAAAUCAUAAACCACAAGACUGGGGACAAGUGUGUGUUGAAUUUUAAGCCGUGUGGUCUUUUUGGUAAGGAAUUACACAGAGUCGAAGGCUACAUACAGGACAAAAGCAAAAAGAAGCUCUGCGCGCUUUACGGGAGGUGGACUGAGUGCUUGUACAGUGUAGACCCUGCCACUUUUGACACUUACAAAAAGAAUGAUAAGAAAAACACAGAAGAUAAGAAGAACAGCAAACAGACAAGUUCAUCUGAGGAGUCUGAUGAAAUGCCAGUGCCAGAUUCUGAGAGUGUAUUCAUUAUCCCUGGAAGUGUGCUCCUGUGGCGGAUAGCCCCGCGGCCUCCCAACUCUGCUCAGAUGUAUAAUUUUACCAGCUUCGCCAUGGUUCUGAAUGAAGUAGACAAGGAGAUGGAGAGUGUGAUUCCCAAGACUGACUGCAGGCUGCGGCCUGACAUCAGAGCCAUGGAGAAUGGAGAGAUAGAUCAAGCUAGUGAAGAAAAGAAACGACUUGAGGAAAAACAAAGAGCAGCCCGCAAAAACAGGUCCAAGUCAGAAGAGGACUGGAAGACAAGGUGGUUCCAUCAAGGUCCUAACCCCUACAGUGGAGCACAGGACUGGAUUUAUUCUGGCAGCUACUGGGACAGAAACUACUUCAAUUUGCCUGAUAUUUAUUAAAGUGCAGAGAAGUCAAGGUGUUUGCUAAUCUAAAUAAGUCUUAAGCUUAAGUUUUUAAAUUUUUUUCCCUUGGUUUCUACACCUCUAUAAUUUGCGUUUUACCCACUAAGGCAUCUGGUCGCACUGGGCAUGAUCUGAAAGAGAACGAGGCACUGUUGCUCCACAGUUGCUUACUUGGAGCAGUGUUCACGGGAAGUGAGGAGCUGUUGGGGUGCAGUUUCUAUCCCAACAUUGUUGGAGAUGGAAUCCUAGUGUAAUACUCAGCUCUAUGGGAUUCUGUAGUGAUUCCAUAGUGGUCAUAGUGUGGUGAUUCAAAAUCAAGUUAUUUUGAAUAUUUUUAGGCUAUAAUGCUUGAUUGAGUAUUUUAGGUGUAGCUUUGAAAUCUUUAGAAUUCUUCUGUACAAUGUUACGUGCUCAAAUGUAGAAAUUAUCAUUUUAUAAAAACUAAAUUGGUAUGAUGGCCUUUUAGGGAAAUUAAUCUUCUCGAUUUUACUUCUCACCUCCUAGAGAGGAGCAGAAUUCCUGAUUUGAAAAUUCUAAACUGGAACAGGUAUUUACUUAGCGCUCUGAAUUUAUGUUCACAUUUUGUGAUCACUGUCAUUAGAUUUUAUAGGGUUAAUGUGUGUUUGAACUGAAAAAUCACAAAAAUGCCCUAAAAAUAGAUUUUAAUCAAUAUCAUUAUCUAAUGACAAAUCUUUUAGCCUCAACUUCCAGUGGCAAAUGCCACGGAAAUAUUAAGCUGCACUCAUGUAUUAUAAUCUAGGUAAGAGAAGGCCUUGUGCAUUUUGAGUUUGCAGGGUACUGGAGACCUACUGUACAGUAGCUUUCCCCAUUACUUGGGGUGCUCUCAUAGUAUUUAUCCAACCAAACCAGACUGAGAUACUUGCCCUAAAGGGCCUUAGGUAGCUUCCAGUACGUUAUGUUAAUUGUCUUGAAGUUAACAAGUGUUAUGAUGCUAAAUAAAUGCUUUAGAAUAUCAAAAAAAAAAAGUGUAAGUGCUUUCAGAAUUUCAGUUGAUACUGUAACCUAACACUGUCCUUGAUUAUAUGACUGCAGACAUAGCAUGAAGUAAGUGGUCAGUUAGCACUCUAGUAAAAUUGUUAUGUGAAUUGCUUGGGGAUGAGCUGGACAGUGUUAAGGAAGUUACUAAAACAACAGUGCAGUUUUGUGCUUGCAGGAAGUUUAUUGAUACAGUUCACAUGGUGACAAACUCCACCUUGAAUGCUGAAUCAAACAGCAUCAUUUUCAGCAUCUGUUAAUGAAGAGACAUUGAACUGUUUAAGUAUCUGAUCUACAUGCUCGGUGUUACUAAUCAGAACAUCCUAGAAUUCCCUGCUGAGGCCACCUCUUGACAACAGAAUGUUGUUGUGAUUAAAACCAUGGCCAUGCAAUUGAAAUACUGCCUCCCUCUCAGCCCCCCAAAAUCACAAUGGCCAACUAAAGCCACACGCGUGGCAGCUCUUCAUAGAAAGAGCUUGUCUUCUCCCUGGGCCUCAUGCUUUUACUCACUCCACUGUCUACACUGAUGGGAGAAUAAAAAAUUGACUGAUAAAAUUGCCCAACUCUUACUUCAGCCCUCUCUGUGUUCAACCUGCUAUAUGAACAUAGUUAGUCUCUCUAAAAGGCCAAUUGUUCCUUCAGCCCCUCUGUUUAACCUCUUGCAUGGACACACAGUCAGUAUCUCAUGUUGGCUUCUCCCUAUUUCUUUAAAAUUAUUCUCACUUUAAAGAAAACUUCUAUUCUUCUUUUAGAAUCUACCAUGUACUCAAAGAUGUCUGGACAUUCUAGUUAGAGGCCAAGCACAUAAACUUAAGUAUCCCCAUGUUUUAUCAAGUGUAUGAAUACCCCAACCUCUAAGUGUUGAAGGGUCAAGUGUGUCACAUCCCACAUGUCACA